AUGUCCCAUCAUCUUGCUCUAUUUUCUCUAUUACCAUUGAACGCGGCCGCGGCAAAAGUUGUCAAAGCCAAGGAAAACAUCGGGAUCGCCUCAAUCCUUGUCGUGGAUGGCGUCCGCCGCCAUGCCUUGGAUAUCGGCCGUACUCGGACGAAACUGGGAGACUGUGGGACUCUCGCAACGCUGGGACGAUGCGGCGACGUGGUGGUAGACGAGCCGUACAUUUCACGCAUCCAAUGCUCGUUCGAAGUCAAUCCAUCUUCCAAGAUUGUCAUGUUCUGUGACCGCUCGCCGAGCCAGACGUGCGAGGUCUUUGGAGAUGAGGUAUUUUCGCUCGACCGCGGCCAGGGCUUCAGAGGUGCGCGCAAGGUCGCCGUCACGCGGAAGAUCAACACCAUUAUCGGCAUGGGAGGCACCGGUGGGGAUCUGAUCAAGUUCCGGCUUGUGUGGAGGACGCAAAAGGACGACGGCGACCAGACGCUACAGCUGCAAAUCGAAAGCCAUCUCCGAUUCGAUGCAGCCCUCGACCAGACAAUCGAUGUCUGGGACCCAGCCACUACGUUGUCGAACUUGCCACUGCCCAGGCAAUCCCGCAUACGCUUAUGCUCGCCCGAAGGCGACUCUGCACUCGGGGCGGGCACGUUUGGCUCUGUGCACAAAAAGAUCAACGUGGACACGGGCAACCUGCUAGCCGUGAAGUAUAUCCAGGUUCCGCAAACCCGAGACAGAAAAUUCAUAGAGCAUCUGGAACGCGAAGUGCGAGUCCUCGCCAAACUCACCCAUCCGCACAUUGUCAAGUUCCUUGGAUACAACCACCAGCUGGUGCCCCACGAACAGGUUCAGGUUAUGCUGGAACUCGAAGACGGUACACUCCAGUCGCUUGUCGAGAGGCUCGUCCAGAGUGAGGACCUGGAAUUCGGCGACGGUUUCCUCUAUCUGGAAGACGUGGUCUGGGAAACCACCCUGCACCACAUGCUGCAGGCCCUCGAUUUUCUGGCCUCGCACAAGAUGAUCCACCGCGACGUCAAGCCCGAAAACAUUCUCUACACGCUUCGGCAGCCGCGUUCCCCCUUCCCGUCCUACAAAACCCAGAGACCCCGCCCCCAGGAUUACCACUUUCGCCUCGGCGAUCUCGGGCUAGUCAACUCCCAGGACUAUGCCAGCACGCUAGCCGGAACGCCGCUCUUCAUGGCUCCCGAGAUGGCCCAGAUGUUUGAGAAGCUUCAGGCCGGUGGCAGGGACAGGAUGCAGACGCCCAACAUGGAUGUCUGGUCGCUCUUUGUCAGCAUGCUGUGGGUGGCCGAUCUGUACACCAACAGCGAGCAGUGGUUCCAGAAGAAGCUGCAGGCUGCGAGUCGCGCCGGCAGCCACCAGGUCGGUCGCAUGGUGGAGAGUUUGUUGCCAGGGAACCCGGAAAACAAGGCAAAGAAGCAUUUGCUGUCGCCGUCCAUCGAGGACGUGUUCGACAUGGCCUGGGCAGACCCACGGCGUCGGGCAUCGGCCGCGCAGAUUCUGGUCUAUCGCUUUGAAGGGAAAGGUCUCACGACUCCGCUUGAGCAGGUCCCAGAACUGGUACGGAUGCCGCCGCCGCAGCCGCCGCAGCCGAAUCCACAAGCCCAGGCCCGCUGGCCCCAACACGUCUCCGUAUCCGGCCGUAGUAACAAUCCUGGCAACAGCCAGGGGACAGACGAGAUGGAAUUGACGUUGCAACUGGGUUAUUUGACCGUGGGACAAUUUCCUGACAAGAAAUUGGAAAAUCUGCCCAACGAGAGAGAGAAUCUGUUCAGGUUCAGGUGA